CAAUGGCAGUUUCACUUCACUCCCUCUCUUUAUUUAUUAUUCCAAAAGUUUGGACGACCUUUUGUGCAGUUACAACUCCCAAGCCCCUAGCUUUUGUUUAAACCAGACAGACUCCUUCGAUGAUUGACUCCAUCGCUUCAUAUGUUUCUUCUCUGUGACCGUCUGAUUUGGCUUACUCGCUUUGAAGGUAUUACAUCAACUAUGAGUGGAAAAGGAGAGAUGAAAGAAGCAGAGGGUCUGCAGAAAGAUGGUUAUCAUUUCAGUAAGUUAGGUGGUGGGAUUGUGGAUUCUGGAAAUGGCUACUGGAUAAAUUUUAGUAGUUGUUCGCAGAAGAAGGCAAGGAUCUGCAGCACUGACAAUAGAGCAGAUAUAGAAGGUCCUAAAUCUUCUUGCAGUGAGAUCACGGUUAAUGGUUCACUGAGUGCAGAAUCUCAGGAUGCAGAUUAUUCUUACAAACCUUCACUCAGUUACGACCUAGAGGAUACGGUUAUAGCUAGGUUUCCUCUGUUGGAGUACUGGAAAUUAUGCUUUGUCAACAAGAGGUUAUUGGCUCUGUUACUAAGUGGUGAGUUAUUUAAUAUUAGACGGAAAAUUCAGUUUGACGAGCCUUCUGUUUUUAUGUUUGCAAGUGGUGAGAGUAGUUGGUUGGCCUUUGAUCGAGAAUUCAAGUCCUGCAGACGCCUUCCAGUUCUCCCAGCAGAUAUGUGUUUUUUUUCAGGAGAUAAGGAGUCUUUUUGUGCAGGGACUCAUCUACUUAUUUCUGGUAGGGAAAUCGAAGGUCUUGUCAUCUGGAGGUACGAAUUGUCACUGAACAAAUGGUACAAGGGUCCUUCUAUGUUGAAUCCAAGGUGCUUAUUUGCUUCUGCCACUUGUGGUAUAUUCGCAUAUGUGGCUGGGGGAAUUGGGAUUAUGGAGAACUCCGAAGUUUAUAAUACUGCUGAGAAAUACAAUCCUGACACUCAAUCAUGGGAGCCUCUUCCAAAGAUGAUCCGGAGAAGGAAACUUUGUGCUGGAUGUUACAUGGACAACAGGUUUUAUGUAAUUGGAGGACGAAACGAUGAGGGAGAACUCACAUGUGGAGAGUAUUUUGAUGUGUCUAAAAACAAAUGGGAGCUGAUUCCAGGUAUGUUCAAGGAUGAUCCAGUUCUAACUUAUCACUCUCCCCCUCUUGUCGCGGUUGUGAACAAUGAACUGUACUCGCUAGAAGCUUCUUCCAACCAGCUGAAAGUGUACUUAAAGAGGACUAAUACAUGGAAGCACUUGGGUCCGGUCCCUGUUAAGGCUGAUUCUUACAGAGGCUGGGGAGUUGCAUUCAAGUCCCUUGGAAAUGAGCUUCUAGUCAUCGGAGCAUCUGCAGUUUCUUCCACAAGUAACUCCAUGUCUAUAUACACAUGUUGUCCGGAUCCUAAUGCGAAGGAACUGCAGUGGAACCCUCUCGACAGUGGCAGAAACCAGCUCAGCCACUUCAUCUUGAACUGUUCUGUGAUGGUAGCUUGAAAGACAGGCUCCUCUUUUCGAAAUCAAUGUGAUUGUAGUAUCUAAAUAAAAUGCUGUAGUAAUUCUGUGGAAUCAGGAUUUACAAAGGACUCCUAGUACUUAACUACCAGUUAUAAUCACAAUCAUGUAUGGUCGUCAAUUCUGCUAUAUGAACCUUAACUUAAUUUCAA